AUGCUGCCAAACGAGCAGUUCCAGAAGUUGCUCUAUGACCUUUUCUGUUUAUGGCAUGGAGUUCAACGCCAUUAUGAUCCGCCUUUUACGGAUACGGAAGAGCAAAGGCUCGCGAAGGUGAAGUCGAUGAUUUGUAAAUUACUAACCGAAAUCGAUGGUCGCGUUACCCGCAUACAACAAAAUCAAACUGGCGGAAUCAAAGGACAGGAUUUCUACGAAGAAUGGACAAUGUUGACGUGGAAUGUGUUGUGUAUCACCAGUCGACUACAGAACAAUCUCAGUGCACAGAAUGUCGUCUCCAACGAUGACAAAGUGAUCUACCAACGCUUAAAUCAGGCUUUGGUUGAGCUCGUCAAUUAUUCAAAUGUGAAUAUGCCAUUUAUGGGCUACUACCAAGACACAGAUUUUGAAGUUUUGCGUCAGAAUACUGAACGAACUCUGCAAGAGUUGUACCUUUUGACGAGGCAAUUGGCAAUGACCACCUUCAUCAAUCAUACGGAAUUUGAUGCAUUUCAUCACUCCUGUCUACAAUUCGGCGAGCAAUUCCUUGUUCCAUGCAUCGAUCAUUUAAAGGCAUUCUGUAACACGUACAGCGUUGCGAGAUGGCGCGACGUCAGAGCAGCCCAAAUUGCUCGUAUGAGAGAUCAGAGCACUCAACUGGACGAUGCUGUAACCAGUCUUGUCGCCUUCUACUCGAUUAUGAUGUAUAUCCUCGCUGUGCUAGCUGCUCGACUGCAGGGCCUACGUUAUGAAAUUACCGUUGUGAGAAAGAUCUAUGCGCUCGAUGAUGACGUAAAGAAUCUGUCGCAGACCGUGUUUGGAGCUUUGGAGCUACUAAUGAGCGAUUGCGUUCUGGCUACAGAGCCGUCCACGACUGCUAUUCUUGUCACCAAUAACCUAUUUAGUAUGAACUGCGGAGCAUUGGCAAGAGGUGUUGCUUUCAAAGAUUUCGAGAUUCAAGUGAUUUCGGAGGAGACUGCUGAGCAUAUACAGUCCGAAAUGAAUCGUGCUCGUCUUCUACAACAACCAAAUCAAAUCUCACAACCACCAUCAGCAGCGCUACUGGCUAUGAAACCCACAUCCGGCACGAAAAGGAGCAAUGCUGCUAGUAAUGGAGAACGCGUAUUUGUGGAUUCGACCGGCAACACAGCACACAAGAAGAGCGAUGUGAACAGCAAAGAACACGUUAUCAUAUAUCCAGUGUACAAUGCUAAGUACAGAUAUUGGCAAGCUACCUAUCCUCAUCUGCUGUGCACUACUCGACAAAAGGGACGACAAUCAACACACAAUUCCUUCCAGGACCUUUCGCCUUCGAAUGCUACAAGCGACAAAUCCAAUGGAAAAAGACCAAUUUUCUACUUUCAUAUCAAAGCUACCAUGUUUAGCCCUUCUGGAAGUUUUGCGACGGCUCAUAAUUUGUCACUUCCGUUCACCAUAGCAACUCGCAGGAAUCAGGACUGUCAAGUGCAAAGAAUGAUGUCGUCGUAUACUGCUACCAUAUUUUGGCUGUAUGGAUGUAACCAUCAAGAAGGACUUCUACUUCAGUGGGUUGACACAGGCAUGCAUUGGGAACAAUUUAAACAUCUAUACAAACAGCAUUUCAAAGUGAAUGCAGGAGUGCAAAGGGGCCUGAUCGAUGGCGAUUUUGAGCUGCUGAAAUACAAGCUACAAUGCCCCGAUUGUCAAUCGGGUGAGGGAGCGAAUAUCAAUGGCAUUCAGCAGAUUGUGACUUUCAAAAAUGUUUUGUGCCCUCAUCUGCGCUAUGAAUGUGGUAGCACGAAUGUACGAUUUUCGGUUUGGCGUGGAAUGCUCGAGUUGUUGCAAAUCUUCCAUGAUACACGGAAUAAUGUGCGAAAACUAUGGGAAAUGGGAUUGCUUUUGGGAUUUCUUGAGUUCGAUGAGGUGGACAAGCUCCUCGAGCAGCACAAAUCGGCACUAAUUAUGCGCCUGUCCUUCGUUACCGGAGGAACCAUUUGCUUCACUGUAAAGUCCACAGCUCACACAUUGGAUCACCGUGCAACUCGUCCAAUCCACCUGGAACCAUUAGAUCUGAAACGACUUCAGACUAAAUGCCUAAAAGAUUAUUUGAGAGAUAUAGCCGACGCCGAAAAGGUGAAAUAUAUACUAAACUCAGCGCAUCAAGUGAUUCGGAUUACAGAAGUCCUUGCACAGCUAGGUGAAAGUGAAGUUGGUGGUAGUGAAGGAAGUCGUGACAUCUCGAGUAACGUUACACAUUCUGGUGACAUCGCAGCAAUGCAGCACAUCAGGUUUACUGCCAUGAGAAUCGCUGUCGUGACAUGUAAGGUAAAGCCACCAUCAGCUGAUCAGCUUGAGGUCGACGUAGAAAGUCCCCGUCGCGCACCAUCCGCUGUGCCUACACCGCAUGACGAUUUUGCAAGAGAACUCGUACAGCUAGCUUCAUUCCAUGGGAAAUCGAAACAGGAAGUUCUGGACCUUGUCGAAUCGCUAUCCGACGACUACUUCACACGUAAAACGAACGGUACUACAUUCACCGAGACAACACCUCAGGUGGCUGUCUCACCCCAACCUCCCCCUGUGCCUCCAAAUUUUGCUCCUCCUUCCCAAUUGCCUUCCCCGAACGGGACCACCGCCCCCACCAUUCCAUACAGCUCUUCUCAUCGCUCUGUCUAUGAUAAAUUCGAAUACGUGUGAUGUUAGUGCCAGAGUAGAAUUUUACUUUGUUAUUUGUUUUCUGUGACAGACAUCGUAAUCUAAUGUUUCGAAUGUCACUCCAUGUUGUUCAUAGCGGGUCAUAAUGGUAUUUAAACGUUUUGUUUUCUUAUUGAGUUAAUGAGAUCACUUGGGGACUGACAUAGGUCCCGGGUACUAAUAUAUAGUGAUUUGAAAUAUACUUCUGGAUUGUCUAUUGUAUAAAUAUUUGAGCAUCG